AUAUGAGAGAGAGAGAUUACAGUAUCAAAAUGGAUAGGAAGGACUAGAGGAGGAAAAUAAAAAGGAGAGAGAAAACAAUGAAGCAAAACAACUGUUUUCAUUUUCUUUGUUUUAACAAAACAAUUUUUUAGUAUUUUUUUCUCUUUUAUUUGAAAUCAAAAAAGCAUCGUACAAGACGGAAAACAAAACCCAUUUUCUGCAAAAUUCCUUUCUCAUAACUUUCAUAAACAGUCCUUCCUUUCUCAUAUCUUGCAAAAUUUUUGCUUUUCUAUUUGAUUUGAUUUGUUGAAAUUUUUAUCGAGAUUCCCUACAUUUCCAUUUUUUUCCAUGGUUAUUGAGGAAUGUGCAUUAAUGAUUUUAUUUACAAUUAUUCAGGGUUCUGAUCUCCAUUUAUUUCAUUAGUGGGGCAAAUCCUGUUUUGGGUUUUUUUUUUUUUGUUUUUUGAUUAAUUUGUUUGUAUAAUCAUCAAGUUGGUUUUACAAAGACCAUUCUUAAGAUUUUUUUUUUUUUUUGGAUUUGAUUGUUAUUGAAAUAAGUAAAGCUGGCUGAUAAUUCUCUUCCAAAAUUUUUGCCACUCAAAUAGAUUUUGGAUUUUGAGUGUUGAAACAAUAAGGUUUUUUAAUUUACAAUUGGGAGUAGAAAUCAGUUUUGAUCAUGGAUCAUAUAAUUGGGGGCAAAUUCAAAAUGGGUCGAAAGAUCGGCGGUGGAUCCUUUGGCGAGCUAUUUCUUGGGGUUAAUGUGCAGAAUGGAGAAGAAGUUGGUAUAAAGCUGGAACCUGCAAGGACGAAGCACCCUCAGCUUCACUAUGAAUCUAAAAUUUACAUGCUUCUUCAAGGAGGAACGGGAAUUCCUCAACUCAAGUGGUUUGGUGUUGAGGGCGAGUACAAUGUCAUGGUUAUUGACCUUCUGGGUCCCAGUCUUGAAGACCUGUUCAACUAUUGCAACAGGAAGUUCUCUUUGAAAACAGUGUUGAUGCUUGCAGAUCAGUUGAUUAAUCGAAUUGAGUAUAUGCACUCAAGGGGUUUUCUUCACCGUGAUAUAAAGCCUGACAACUUUCUAAUGGGUUUGGGACGCAAAGCCAAUCAGGUUUACAUUAUUGAUUAUGGGCUAGCAAAAAAAUAUAGGGAUCUUCAAACUCAUAAGCAUAUACCUUACAGGGAAAAUAAGAAUCUCACAGGCACAGCUCGGUAUGCUAGUGUGAACACUCACCUUGGAGUUGAACAAAGCAGAAGAGAUGACUUGGAAUCACUGGGUUAUGUACUCAUGUAUUUCCUAAGAGGAAGCCUUCCAUGGCAGGGCCUUAAAGCAGGGACAAAAAAGCAAAAAUAUGAUAAAAUCAGUGAAAAGAAGAUGUUAACCCCUGUCGAGGUUCUUUGCAAAUCAUAUCCAUCAGAGUUUAUAUCAUACUUCCAUUAUUGUCGAUCAUUGUGUUUUGAAGACAAACCAGAUUAUUCCUAUUUGAAAAGACUUUUCCGUGACUUAUUUGUCCGAGAAGGUUAUCAGUUUGACUACGUAUUUGACUGGACUAUAUUAAAGUAUCCUCAGAUUGGUUCCAGUUCCAGACAACGGCAGUCUGGUGGAAAAGCUGGAAUAAAGCCACGACAGUCUGUUGAACAAACAGAUAAAUCUCCAGCAGCGGGAUGUGAGACUCGUGAGAGACCUUCUGGUGCGCUUGAAUCAUUCAGCAGAAGACUUGCUUCUGGUGGUGUUGGGCAGCACAGCGAUCGCUCAAAGCACAGGACAUCAGAAGAUGCAUCGCCAUCUAAAGACGCACGACCUUCUUCAGAAAGAGGCCGUAUUACUCGCAAUGGAAGUGUGUCCAAGAAGGCUGUUGCUUCAAGCAGCAGGCUAAGCUCCAACAUUGCAGGCAGUGAGAGUCGUUCAAGCUGGCUGUUCUCAAACAGUAGCCGUCUAUCUACCUCUCACCGAAUCCAUUCUGCGGCUGAUUCCAGAGUCUCACAUGGUACUGCUACAAAAGAUGGUCAUGAUGAACAGCUUCGGAGCUUCGAGCACCUCAACAUUGGGACAGAUAAGAACAAGCGAUGAAUAUUAGUGCAUUACUUCUGGUAUAAAAUGGCGGUGCUCUAUUCAGGGGGAGUCUUUGAUUUCCGUUCUGUUUCACAUAAUCGCUAUUAUUUUUUAUAUAGCAAAGUUAAAAUGCACUUUGCCUUUCCUAAGAAAAUUGUAGAUGCAAAGGAUAUUGCUGUUCCUUUUGUAAAUUCAUCAGGAAGAAGACAUUAAUCUCCCCAGAAAUGUUCAGGCUUAAUCCUGCCAUAAUAGGAUUGCAGCUGUGAGUAGAAUACUCAUCUGCUUGUAGCAUUUCUAUUCCAACUGUCAGAUUAAAGAACUUAUUAAGGGAAUGUCAUUAUAUUAAGGGAUUCAAAGGAUUGGGCUUGAACAGGAAAAAUUUUUCCUAUGCCAUAAAAUAUUUACAUAUUUUAUUUUA